AGAAAAACUUAUCAAACCAACCAUGAUCAAAACUAAGCUCACUUUACUUGUUUUCCUCGUCUCUCUAAUCUUUCUUGUCUCUACAAGUUUUUCACUUGGUUAUGAAAAUGUAGAUCCACUAAGAGAGUUUGAAGAAUGUAGAGCACGUUGUGAGUUACAAAGAGGAAGAACUCCAAGGGAACAACAACAAUUAUGUGAAGAAAGAUGUGAAGAAAAACUAAGAGAAAGACAAGGAAGAGAUGAACUCAAUACUCGCACUGAUCCUCAACGAGAGUAUCAACAAUGUGAGAGUAAGUGUGAGAAGUAUGAGAGAGGACAACAACGACAAUGUCACCAGCGUUGUGUGCAAAGACGUAGAGAGAUGGGGCGAGAAAGAGAAGAGCGGGAAAGAGAACAAAGAGAUGAAACUAGUCCUAAGAAAGAAUACGACCGAUGCAUUAGCCAGUGCGAACGACAGAGGGCUGGAGGUGUACGACGUCUGCAAGACUGUGAGCGAAAAUGUGAAGAGAGAAGAGAAGAACAAGAGAGACAAAGAGGACAUGGUAAUAGAGAUUGGAGAGGUAGAGGAGAAGAACAAGAAGAGCAACAAGAAAAUAACCCUUACCAUUUCAGUGAGCAACACUUCAGUACUCCAGUUAGGACUUCAGAAGGUCAUGUUAGGUUACUUCAGAAAUUCACAGAAAAAUCUGAGUUACUAAGAGGUCUCGAGAACUAUCGUGUUGCUUUCUUAGAAGCUAACCCAAAUACCUUCAUCGUUCCGAACCAUCAGGAUGCCGACACUCUUUUCUUUGUUGUUAGAGGGCGGGGAUCUAUCACCAUGGUGCGUCAAGAGGAUAAGGAAACGCACAAUCUUGAACGUGGAGAUGUAAUGAGGGUUCCAGCAGGAACUGUAGUGUAUUUGAUUAACAAAGACAACAAUGAGAAGCUAAUUCUUGCUAAGCUCCUUCAGACAAUUUUCACUCCUGGCCAUGUUGGGGUGUUCUUUGGCCCUGGAGGCGAGGACCCCGAAUCAUAUUACAGCAGCUUCAGCGAUGAACUUCUCCAGGCAGCCUUCAAUACUAAUGCGGAGAGGCUACAGAGGUUGUUUGGACAACAGAGGAGAGGAGCCAUCGUGAAGGCAUCUGUAGAACAGAUUAGAGCUUUAAGCCCUCACAGCCGCUGGCCUUUUGGUAGCGAAUCAAAUGGACCUUAUAACAUUCUCCACCAUCAUCCAAUGCACUCUAACAACUACGGACAGCUAUAUCAAGUUACCUCUAACCAAUACAGACAGUUGGAAAACCUCGACGUCGCCCUCACUUUCGCCAACAUUACAAGUGGAGGAAUGGCUGGUCCAUACUACAACUCUAGGGCAACAAAGAUUGCUGUGGUGGUCGAAGGCAACGGAUACUUUGAGAUGGCAUGUCCUCACUUGUCUUCAUCUUCUUCUGGUUCCACUGGAAGAAGCAGUGGAAGGUAUCAGAAAGUAAGGGCAAAAUUGUCACGAGGUGAUGUGAUCGUCGCUCCAGCUGGACACCCAAUUGCGGCCGUUGCUUCGGGUGAUCAAAAUCUGCAGAUAUUAUGCUUCGAGAUCAAUGCAAGGAACAGUGAGAAGGUUCUACUUGCAGGACGGAACAAUGUCUUCAACCAGAUCGAGAGACAAGCCAAAGAAAUGGCUUUCAAUAUACCAGCAAGAGAAGUGGAAGAGAUUUUGAAUAACCAAGAGGAGACUUUUUUCUUCCCUGGUCCAAACAAACGUCAGGAACGGGGUCGCGCUGUCGCAUGAAAACCAAGACUGGAGAGAUUAUUACUUAAAAAGAGGCUACACUUCAGUUCUAAUAGGCUGAAGGUUUAAGAGAGAGAAGCAUGUAAUUACUUAAGAAGCUAACUAGGGGCACUGUUUGGGUUUUAGUAAGCUCUCAUGAGAGUUGUCCGUGGGUAUCGACCACAAUGUAGAUUGUUGUAAAUUAACCUCUGCUAUGAAUAAAAGAGUUUGCUCUUGGUUUC